AUGGCCAUGAAAGCACGCUUCAUAAGGAAAGGGAAAGCCCUCUACUAUAGUUCUAGCUCCUGGGUCCAAAUCUCCCUUUUCGUACUGGUGUGGACAUACGUUGGUGUUAAAGGGAGAAGCGAGAGGAGCCAACCCUUCGUUCCACUUAAUCCCAAUUUUCUUCUUUCUUUCGCCUACGAGGACCCAGGGGAAGAAAGACUUGGAUUUGCCUCAUUGCAUCCCAGGGAUCUAGAUAUGGGAAGUCCGCAGGAUAGACAUCGGAACAAAGAAAUGGAGAUAGAGAUGCUUGGUAGUGGAAGAUGA